CAGACGGCAGUAGAGUAGCUAGCUACAAAAGAAAACAAGUUGUUUUUAAACGUCACUUCCUGUUGGCUAAAGCGUGUUUGCGUGCUUAAAAGGAAAAUGGCAGCGGACAGCAGAACUGAGGAUUACCCUCACGAGAUAGACGAACAGCUCAAAUGUUUCGACUCUUCAGUUUCUUCUAUCAAAACCAUGUUGGAGAAGUUGAUGUCGAUGCCCAGGAAUGACCUGCUCCAGAAGCUGGACCCUUUGGAUCAAGCCAAGCUGGAUCUGAUGUCUGCCUACACCCUUAAUUCAUUAUUCUGGAUGUACUUGGUUACACAAGGUGUAAAUCCCAGAGAACAUGGAAUCAAACAGGAAUUGGAGCGAAUAAGGACGUACAUGAACAAAGUGAAAGAGAUUACAGACAGGAAGAAAGCUGCCCGUCUGGAUAAGGGGGCUGCUGCACGCUUUGUCAGGAAUGCUCUGUACAAUACAGACGAAAAAGAUUCUAGAAAAAAAGCAGCAUCCAAGAAAGCAGCAGACACAAAGUCUGACACCCCGCAGUCAAAGCGUCCAAAGCAGAGCUGAAGGAGAGAAGGAGCUGUACGGUCUGGUCCCACUGCAUUUGUACCUCUUUGGGAAUAACAAACACUUUUUGUUCACAAGGCAGCUUCUUAAGUUGCGAUACUGGCAUCAAACAAGGCAACAUGACACAUACAACAAAAUACACGUUGGUGUUUAUCUGAGUUGCUCACCAGUCAAAUAGCCUGUCAGAUUGCAGCAUUCAUGUUGCUGGAUUAACCAAAACACAAGACGGAUGGCCAUCUACGAUAUACCAUCCCAGGUUUUGCUGAGCGUAUUGUUGCUCUAGAAUUUAAGACUCGAGUCUGUAAUACUUUUGUAAUGUUACUUCACCAUUAAGUUGUAAAUCUUCUUCAGGAUGCCAUAACCUUGAAAAAGUAUUAUUUUUAUUAAGAAAAGUGAGUAAAAUCUUGGUUCAUACAGGUAUUGAAAUAUGUCAUUUAGGAAUGUUUGGUUCCUUCUUUCAGAUAAAUGAGAAUUUCUCUGUAUUUUAAAAGUGAUUCUAUGAAUCAUGUUGUUUUGAGGUGCUUUUACACAUGUGCAUGUGUCAGACUUAAUAAAACCUUUUUUUUUUUUUUUUUUUUAGAUGUAUUGCUUUUAGGAUUGACUUCUGUAUAAAAAUACUCCCCAAAACAUAUUUGAUUUGAAAGCACAGGUGUACACACUGGUGUAGUGUGUGCUGACGCACUGUCACACUCAUGGCUCACUGGGUCACAUGAAUACAGCAGAGCCAUCGUUAGUUUUUAUUAGUAACACCUGUUAGUAACACCUACUUACCCUACUUGUACUAUCCUAAUUUUCUUAAGAGCAAGGCUAUUCUGGUUAUGUGAUGAGGUUGAGCUCUUCACAUUUUAUUUACGUCUUCCAAAGUUUAAUGUAGUCUUUUAAUCAGACCUACAUUACGGCCAAUGCGUUAUGUGAAAGGGAGAACUGAUGCGUGUUCUGGGCUGCCAAUAAACCAAUGUCCAAUACAUUAAAUAUCAUUGAGUGCAGUGACCCAUUUAUUUAAUGAUGGCAUGCUCACCAUAGCACUGGUAUAGUUCAGUUUUGUGUAUUUUCUUUCAGGUAAGUUUCAUUCUGCUUUCCAGUUAAACACUAAUCAAACAAUAGCACUGACAAGCCACGCUGACACUGUAAAAAGCUGUUUGCUUUCCCCUUACACACACCUGUCUGCCUCUGGCUGUUGAUUACCCUUCAUGCAUUUCUGGUGACAACGCUCCACCCAGUGUUAACUGAUUACCAGUGGUUAGUGUCUCAGCAUCGAGUCUGGAUGUUAUUGUUUGUUCAGUGCUGUAUGUGUUCCUUGACAGUCUUCAGUGAAAAAUAUUUAAAUUUUAAA